AUGUUCCUGAUUGGGCCUCUGCAGUCAUUGGGCAUGUGGUGGGCUGUGUGCAAAGCUGUGCAUGUCUUCAGCUGGGAUGAAAUACACUGGGAGGCAACCUUCCUUUGCAUAACCGCAUUCCUCACCAUGAUGGGUCCUCUUUUUUCCGCUGUCGUAUGGACGCUGUCCAACCCGAGCAUGUGCUUCGCUACUGGUCUGUGCAUAGAGUUUCGAACUCGUCAGCUCAUGUUUGCCUCGGAUAUCAGCAUCCAGAUCUUCUAUUGCCUUGUGCUUUGUGGGAUGAUCGGUCCUCAGAAAUGGAGCAGGCAAAGUGACGCAUUUACCAAACUUGCGGCGCUGGAUGGCUAUGGCCUAGCAGCGAAGCGGAUCGCCUUUCCCGGGAAGAUCAACCCCUCAACUGACAAGUGCAUUGUUUCUUUCCCUGGGAUCUAUAGUGAAGAGUGGGACAGAGCCGUGGCUGCUGCAGAUGGUGAGCAGAUCUGCGAGUGCUACUGCAAAGCCCUCUAUGGCAUUAUUCCCGUCGAGGCAUAUGUGAGCGAACUGGACGCGUCCGCUGGUAUCGAGAAGCAGCAGCUGGCUUUUAAGAGAGCGGACGCAAAAGCUAUGGGCCAGCAUCUGAUCAUCAAGUAUCCUCACACCACCUUUCUUGAGUGGCAAGAAGAGAAGGCUAAAGCCAAACGCAAGGCCGACGAACUUUGGCGGCAAAACCAGGGUCGGGCCCCCUGGGGCUGCACGUGGUUCCAUCUUUGGAAGGAAAAUGUCGACAAAGCUGUGGAGCAACAUCAAUCUCUGCAUGUCUUCUACUUUGAGGGCCGGGUCGGGGCUGGCAAGCUCUCCUGGGAACAGCUCAGCGACCAAGAGGCCAGGAGGAAGGCCCGAAAAUGUGGAGGCCUUGGCAAUUCUCAAACUGCAGAAGUAGCAUACCUGGAAAAGUUAGACCUGCCCUAUGUGGAGCAGGACGUCACGGACUUCAACUCUUUUAUUUCUGAGGCGAGCGUCGUGACAUCCCCAGAGAUUGUAAUAGAGAUCUGUGAGCCUGACUCCAAAGUCAAGCUUUGA